UUCAAGACGGGAAGCCGCCAUCUUAAAGUGGAAGAGUUGAAAAGUUUGAAGUAGAGGAAGGUGGAAGCCGCUUAAACUUUCCAAAAUUCCUCUUUAUAGUCCAAAAAUGCCGCUGGCACACUUAGCAGAUCCUUGGAAAAGGAUGGAGGUGGCCCAGGAUACUGAGGCCCCCUCCACUGAAGACAUGCUGGUAGAUGAACAGAAUGAUAACGACACGGACAGGGUGAUAAAUGUGGCAAAUCUCAUGAAAGAUGGAGAAAAGGUGGAACCUAAAGAUUUUGAGCUCCUGAAAGUGUUGGGACAAGGCUCAUUUGGAAAGGUAUUCCUGGUCAGAAAGAUCACAGGAAAAGAUGCAGGAACAUUGUAUGCAAUGAAAGUCUUAAAGAAAGCCACACUUAAAGUAAGAGAUAGGGAACGCACAAAAAUGGAGAGAGAUAUUCUAGCAGAUGUCAACCAUCCAUUUAUAGUCAAACUUCAUUAUGCAUUUCAGACGGAAGGGAAAUUAUACCUGAUCUUGGGCUUCCUCAGAGGUGGGGAUUUAUUUACCAGAUUAUCAAAAGAGGUAAUGUUUACAGAGGAAGACGUCAAAUUUUACUUGGCUGAGCUGGCCCUCGCAUUAGAUCACCUUCAUUCCCUUGGUAUCGUUUACCGAGAUCUCAAACCCGAGAAUAUUCUGCUGGAUCAUGAAGGUCACAUCAAACUGACAGAUUUCGGUCUGAGCAAGGAAUCAAUAUUUGAGGAGAAGAAGACGUACUCUUUCUGUGGGACUGUGGAGUACAUGGCCCCCGAGGUGGUCAACAGGAAGGGCCACAGUACGGCCGCAGACUGGUGGUCAUUCGGUGUCCUCAUGUUUGAGAUGUUAACUGGUGCUCUCCCCUUUCAAGGAUCAAAUAGAAAAGAUACCAUGACUCAGAUCUUAAAAGCCAAACUAGGAAUGCCACAGUUUUUGUCCUCAGAUGCUCAACAGUUGUUACGUGCUUUGUUUAAAAGAAAUCCACUGAAUAGGUUAGGUUCAGGACCAAAUGGCAUAGAAGAUAUAAAGAAACAACCGUUUUUCAGCAAUAUAGACUUUGAUAAACUAUAUAAACGUUCUUUAAAUCCUCCGUUUAAACCAGCUGUGGUACAGACUGAUGAUGCAUUUUAUUUUGACCCAGAAUUCACGACACGCACACCCAAAGACUCCCCGGGAAUUCCCCCUAGUGCCACAGCCCAUGAGUUAUUCCGAGGAUUCAGUUUUGUGGCACCAGCUUUACUAGGAGAAGAAAACCAUGUUUCCAACUCUAUAUUAGAUAAUCAAAUUGCCUUAAAAUCAUUACCCGGUGUAAAGUGUACAGCUUUCUCAGACGAAUAUGAAACAAAAGAGGAUAUUGGAAUAGGAUCAUAUUCUGUGUGUAAGCGGUGUAUACACAAAGGCUCUGGACAGCAAUUUGCUGUCAAGAUAAUGGACAAAGAGAAGAGGGACCCAUCAGAGGAAGUAGAAAUCUUGUUGAGGUUUGGACACCAUCCAAACAUCAUUUCCCUGAGAGAUGUGUUUGAUAAUGGCAAUAAAGUAUACAUGGUGACAGAAUUAAUGCAAGGGGGAGAGUUGUUGGACAAAAUUUUACGGCAGCGAUUCUUCUCAGAAAGGGAAGCUAGUGCAGUUCUACAAAUCGUUGCAAAGACAGUAGAAUAUCUGCAUGCAAAUGGAGUUGUACAUAGAGAUCUGAAGCCAUCCAACAUUCUGUACGCGGACAAUUCUGGAUCACCAGACAGCCUGCGGAUUUGUGAUUUUGGAUUUGCUAAGCAGCUGAGAGCAGACAAUGGCCUUCUCAUGACCCCGUGCUACACGGCAAACUUCGUGGCACCUGAGGUUCUGAAGAGACAAGGCUAUGAUGCUGCCUGUGAUAUUUGGAGCCUUGGUGUUCUACUCUACACAAUGCUAGCAGGGCACACACCAUUUGCCAAUGGACCAAAUGAUACACCUAAUGAUAUCCUAUCUCGUAUUGGAGAGGGUAAAUUCACCUUGGCAGGGGGAAACUGGGACUCAGUCUCGGCAGCAGCAAAGGAUCUUGUACAGAAGAUGUUACACGUUGACCCCGGGAGUCGAUUAUCAGCGACACAGGUUCUUAAUCAUCCCUGGGUGGCUCAAAGAGAGGCUCUUCCACAAUUCAGACUUACUCUCCAAGACGCGCAGCUUGUAAAGGGAGCAAUGACAGCCACAUUUAAGGCCCUGAACAAUUCCCCCAAACCAACCCUGGAACCUGUAGGAGCCUCCGUCCUGGCUCAGCGCAGAGGCAAAAACCGACCAAAGAGUUCUACAGCAGUCUGAUCUUAGUAUUAUAUACAUCCUCAUGUAUCAAAUCAUGUGUGACAGCGUCGGUCAUGUGUGACAUAUCAGAGGGAGCUAUUUGUCAUGGAUCAGUGAACGAGAGAAGAAGGUUGUAGUUCUCUAUCAUGCUAGAGAGCCAAUUCCAAGGAAAGAAAACUAUAGCUUUUUAUUAUCAAAGUUUUUUCUUGUGUUUUUUUGGUCAUAUUUUUGACAAGUUCUUGUUGUAUUCAAUCAUUAUAUAUUUAAUAUAUGAUUGCUAUAGCUAACAAAGUGCUACAAAAUGUUAAUAUUUAUUUUCAAAUUUUUGGGAAAUAAGAGGAUGUAAUCCUGUAAAAUAUAUUUACAGCAGUUGUACAUACCCGAUAAAACUCUAAAGGUGUAUUAAAAGAGAAUCACACAGAUACAACUUGAAUGAUAAAUCUUGUAUUUUGACUUAAAGUUUUUUAAAAGUUGACGGAUAUGUUGAAUUAUCUUGACAAAGAAAAUUGAUCUACCUCCAAUAUAAGGUGUUUGUGUGUAGAAUUCCACUACAACAUUAUACAUGUAGGGCGUUUGAUAUUCUGUAAAGUUUGUGGAAAAGAUGGACGUAAUGUACUAGUAUUUUGCAAAACAAUGAUAAGUAAAUUAUAUGCCUCACUGAUCAGCCGGUUAAAGUGAUGAGACUUGCAGCAGGUUCUCUUAGGCUAAAUCUAUUUUUUAUAGCCUGCCCUAUAUAAAAGGCUAUUUUCAGUGAGUAUAGAAGCUCCUUUUCUCAAUUUCAAUUUUCAUUUUUGUGUUAAAAAAAAAAAAUACUGAAUAGGAUUUCUUUUUUUUAAAAUUAAUAUGCAUUUAUUGUGAGAUUUUUUGUUUUUGUUUAAUAAAACUAUUAAGGGUAUAUCUAUAAGUACUAGUUUGACCUAACAUUAAAAUAUAACUUGGAUUAACAGUACUUGGUAUGAUUUGGGUAAUUUUUGUAUGUGUGAAAAUUGGGGCUACUCUGUUCUACUAACAUAUAUUUGAAGUAACAUACUUAAGUGGUAUAUAGCGCACAUGCUUAUGUUGAUCAUCAUUGUAUGAGUAAUUGACAAGUGCUAAUCUCAUUCCUUUGUUUUAUAUUUUAUUUCUUAUGUGCUUUCAAUUAUAUAUUAUAUAUUAUUGCUUGUUACAUGUAUUUGUAGUUGAUGAAUUAUUUUGAGAGAUAUAUUACUAUUUUGCAACACAUUCACAUAACCAUACUGCUUUAUGAAUUGAUUUCAUUAUGCAGAUCUUCAUAUUUCAUUAGAAUUAUUUCCCUUGGACUGAAUUUUCAUUUCUUCCCACAUGACUGUUUGAUUAUUAUUUCAUUUAAUAUAAGGAUUUAAUUGGCUGAUAUUCUCAGAAUAUUUUAAUACAGGGCAUUACCAAAUUAGAUUUAAAUACAUGCUAUUAAAAUGUUGACCCAUGUAUUAUUCUGCAAUAACUUGGAACAUUUACUACAAAAAAAACCUCAAACAUUGCUAUAAUAAGGUGUGAUUUAUUGCUUGGAUUCCUCUGAAAGAAAUUCUUAAGUAAUAUGCUCAUGAUUUUCAACUUAUGAUGUGUAAUAAAACUAAAACUAAAAUUGGUAAGCUAAUCUGUAAUUUUUUGUCAAUUAUUGAAUGUUUUAUCAAAAAAACAAAAAGGUAAUUGGGAUGUACUUUUAGAGGUCAUGUGGUUCACCCAUGCUUCAUUACAAACAUAUUGUCUGGAUGAAAAGCGAUAGAUCACAUCCUCAUAUUAUAAAGACAUUUGAAAUACAUUUCUUGAGAAAAUCAGGGAGCAAACAAAGGGAGAUUAUUAACAUGGAUUCAAAACAAACAUUUAUUUAACUGUGGUUAUAACAGAUAUGGUGAUUUAUUUAAACAGUAUUGUUUUCCAAUCAGCUUUUCUUUCAUUGUUAUGGUGCAGUAUUUACCAUAGUAUUUGCUAUGAACUCUGGAACUGAUUGUAUUACUAAAUCAUGCAUAAUUUUUGGGGAUCAAAAUUUGAAAUCAGGGAAUAUCAUCUUAGCAUUUAAAUGUGUCCUAAAAAUUGAUUUAAGGUGCUCUCUUUACGAAAAUAGGGAUUUUUGAAUAAAAAAAAUGGAUAUUAAAACUAUGAAAAAUAUCGAUUCAUGGUCAUAUUUUAGUUUGCUUCUAGGGAACCAUUCCCUGAAAUGUGAAACAAAGUAUGAAAAGAAGUGCUAUUAAAUAUGUGUAUGAGUGUGAACAAGAGAAUUUUUCUUAUUCUAUGUUAACAUGCUUUAAAGAUUGCAUCUCUUGACUUGGAAAAAAAAAGUGGAGAGGUGAUAUUUUAUGUUGAAGUGAACAAUUACAUGUAUUUUUGUUUUGUUAAUAAUGUGUCAAUUUCUUAAAUGUGGUUAUUUGGUGCACCAAAUUCCAUUUGUGACUUGAUAUUUUUGUUUACAAUGCAGUAGUGCUGUUAUCUCCCUUUUUAUAGUUAAUUUGUAGGAAUGUCAUUGUAAAGAGACUCGGCUAUUUCUUUACAUAAUUCUAUGUCUUUAGUCCUGCUUCGUUUUAUUAAUAAAUGUAUUGAUUUGGAUAUAACAAGCUUAACAGCCUAAUCUUGGAAAUAUUUAAUAUAGAAAAUGUAAAUAUUUCACUUGUAUGUAGAUGGAAAAGUAACAGUCACUUCAGUUGUGAGAUUUUUUUUAUUGAAAGUUUUCCAAAGAUAUUUCUAUAUUAUUUUGUCCAUUCUGAAUGUAUAUGUGCUUUUGUACUGUUAAUAUAUGUGCAGAUAACAAAAUAGGUUAGAUUGUCCAUAAAACCAAUUGUACAGAGUUUACAAAUAGGCACUAUACACAAUUAUUGCCAAAUAAUUUCACAUUUUUGUAACAAUUUGGAUUCUUGAAUCUGAUUGUUGUGACAACACGAUACAUAAGUCAAUAUUUUCAUAUAUCCACUGUCCAUGCCCAUCUCCUGACUCCUUGUGUGUGUACGUGUAUUAUCUGACGGGGGCAAUCCAAGCUUGAACAUUUUUGACCUCAUUUCUCCUGUAUAUAGCCUCAUCUCUUUGACCCCCUCCCCCUUUUUCUAACAUGAUAGAUGUACAUUAUAAUUGUAAAAUGAUCUGCCAGUAGCACUGUUUGAUGUCACAUUGCUCAAUAUAUUCAGAAGCAUUAUCACCCUAUUGAAUGCUGUACUAUAUUGCCAUUUGUUCUCUUUUUACAAACUUGUUGUCAGAAUAUCUUCAAAUACUACCAUUAUUUUCAGUAA